UCAACAAUGGACCGGCUGGUUCUGUGCGUGCUGCUGUGUGCAGCUCUGGUGAAGGGGUACAGCUGCCCCGGCCGCUGCAUCUGCCAGCACCUCUCCCCCACACUGACUCUGCUCUGUGCUAAGACCGGCCUGUUGUUCGUACCCCCCACCAUCGACCGCAAGACCGUCGAGCUGCGACUCACCGACAACUUCAUCACCAUCAUCCGCAGGAAAGACUUUUUCAACAUGACUAGUUUGGUCCACCUCACUUUGUCACGCAACACCAUCAGUCAGAUCACCCCCCACGCCUUUCUCGGCCUGAGAUCCCUGAGGGCACUCCACAUGGAUGGAAACCGCCUCAGUGUGAUAAAGAGUGACCACUUUAAAGGCCUCAUCAACCUGCGGCACCUCAUCCUCGGAAACAACCAGAUCCACCAAGUGGCCCCCAACUCCUUCGAUGAGUUUGUUUCCACCAUAGAGGACUUGGAUCUUUCCAAUAACAACCUGCGCAGCCUUCCAUGGGAAGCCAUAGCCAGAAUGACCAACAUUAAUACUCUCACACUGGACCACAACCUGAUUGACCACAUUGGAGCGGGGACUUUUACGCUGCUCACCAAGCUGGUCCGCCUGGACAUGACCUCAAACAGGCUGCAGAAGUUGCCACCAGACAGCCUGUUUCAACAUGCACAGGUCCUGUCUGACGCCAAGGGCUCCAGCUCGUCCACUCUGGCUGUGAGCUUUGGUGGAAACCCUCUUCACUGUAACUGUGAGCUGCUGUGGCUCCGCAGGCUGACAAGAGAAGAUGAUCUGGAAACCUGCGCCUCACCAGAGCACCUCAUGGACAAAUACUUCUGGUCCAUCCAAGAGGAGGAGUUUAUCUGUGAACCUCCGCUGAUCACCAAACAUGUUGCCACUAAGCCCUAUGUGAUGGAGGGGCAGGGUGUGACUCUUAAAUGCAAAGCCGUGGGUGAUCCAGACCCAGAUAUUCACUGGCGGGCACCAGACGGCAAGCUGGUGCAUAAUAAUUCCCGCACCAUCCUGUAUGAUAAUGGCACCCUUGAUAUUCUCAUCACUACGCUGAAGGACAGCGGAGCAUUUAAUUGUGUGGCGUCCAAUGCUGCAGGCAUCGCCACAGCUGCUGUUGAGAUCAACAUGAUCCCCUUACCCUUGUUUGUUAACAACACAGGCCACAUGCGUGAGGACCCCGGCCUCUCAGACAUUACCACCUCCUCCAAAUCUGGCAACGACACCAAGGGCUACGACAAGCAGGACAGGAGGGUGAUGGUCACUGAGCUGACCUCUUCCUCCGCUGUAAUCCGGUGGCCAUCUGAGCGCCAUAUCCCCGGCAUCAGGAUGUACCAGAUUCAGUACAACAGUACGGCAGAUGAUACUUUGGUGUACAGAAUGAUCCCAUCUACCAGCAAGAACUUCUUAAUCAAUGAUCUGGCCGCAGGGCGGGAGUAUGACCUUUGUGUGCUGGCGGUUUAUGACGACGGCAUCACAUCAUUAACAGCCACACGUGUGGUUGGCUGUGUGCAGUUCCACACGGCCAGUGAGGUCAGCCAGUGCCGCUUCAUGCACAGCCAGUUCCUAGGAGGCACUAUGAUCAUCAUUAUCGGUGGUAUAAUUGUUGCUUCAGUGCUAGUGUUCAUCAUCAUCCUGAUGAUCCGUUACAAGGCUUACAGUAGCCCAGAGGACAGUAAGACCAAGGUCAGCUCCAGCAUGCAUUCCCAGACCAACGGCAGCCAGCAACGGCUCCAGCGCUCCGCCUCCAAGCAGCCUUCUGACGAGGGACAACGUGAAGCCCAGGCGCCCAAAGAGUGCAUGGCGCUGGUGCUGAGGGUAGACAAUGAGAAGAAGGAGAAUCCAGCAGCCACCACUGCCAUCCUGGAGGUGGAGCUGCCUCCGGUGACUGUAGACAAAAUGAAGAGAAGAACCAGCCUGGAUGCACAGCGCUCUGGUCCCCCGUCUGAGGACACGCAGACAGACAGUAGCCUGACAGGCUCCACCUUGUCCCUGUGUCUCAUAGGUCCCAAUGCUGGCACCAAGGAGGCUCCCAGGCUCAAGGACAAGAAAAGUGCCCUGGCUAACAUGGGGUUGCUCCCUAAUGAGCUGGCACGAACUAGGCACAGAUUCUCUUUUGACGGUGGGGAUUACUCCAUAUUUCAGAGUCAUAGUUACCCACGCAGAGCGAGGACGAGGUGGCACAAGUCCACCAACCAGCUCAACGUGGAGUCAUCUCCGCUCGCCAACAGGAGAGUUACAUUCAGCAGCACUGAGUGGAUGCUUGAGAGCACAGUCUGAGGAAAGCAGUGUAGCCGAAAAAACGGCUCAACCACACAAAUAUAUACAUGUAAAAACACAAACACAUGCCAUAUAACACACACUUUUCCUGCACACAGCAAACGAUAAACACAAGCACAUUUACUUAUACAUGCAAACUUUCUGUGAGUUGCUGGAGAAGAACACAGUCUCCCUUCAUUCCUGCCUCCCCAUCAUACUCCCAGAGAGGUUUGUUGGCCAUGUCCUUUCUUUAUGCAGCAGUGCCUUAUUCUAAAAAAUGUACGAAUGGAGGAUGCUGCUCACUGUAGUCAUAA